CCUCCCUGCCUGUGGACCAAAAUAGACAGUUGAGGGUUGAGCAGCUGGCAUCAACUAGUUAGAAAUGGCUGCCACCGGAGUUCUUCCCUUCAUACGGGGGGUGGACCUCAGUGGAAACGACUUCAAAGGUGGUUACUUCCCUGAGCAUGUCAAGUGCAUGAGCAGCCUGCGAUGGCUGAAACUGAACAGAACAGGGCUGUGUUACCUCCCGGAGGAGCUGGCCUCUCUGCAGAAACUGGAACAUCUUUCAGUGAGUCACAACAGCCUGACCACCUUACAUGGAGAACUAUCCAGUUUACCGAACCUGCGGGCGGUGGUAGCCAGAGCUAACAACCUGAAAAACUCUGGAGUCCCAGAUGACAUCUUUCAGCUCGAUGACCUCUCUGUGCUGGACCUGAGCUACAACCAGCUGACAGAGAUUCCGAGGGACCUGGAGAACAGCAGGAACAUGCUGGUGCUGAAUCUGAGCCACAACAGCAUUGACGCCAUCCCCAACCAACUGUUCAUCAACCUAACAGACCUGCUGUAUCUCGACCUGAGCGACAACAAGCUGGACAGUCUGCCGCCCCAGAUGAGACGCCUGGUGCACCUGCAGACUCUCAUUCUAAACAACAACCCACUGAUGCAUGCCCAGUUGAGGCAGCUGCCAGCUAUGGUGGCAUUACAGACUCUGCACCUGAGGAACACCCAGAGGACGCAGAGCAACAUGCCCACCAGUCUGGAGGGACUGACGCAUUUAGCAGAUGUUGACCUGUCAUGUAACGACCUGACUCGGGUGCCAGAGUGCCUCUAUUCACUGGGCAGUUUGAAGAGACUCAACCUGAGCAGUAACCAGAUUUCUGAACUCUCCCUUUGCAUUGACCAGUGGACCCAGCUGGAGACACUCAACCUGAGCCGCAACCAGCUCACCUCGCUGCCUUCUGCUAUCUGUAAGCUGGCCAAACUGAAGAAGCUGUAUGUAAACUCUAACAAACUGGACUUUGAUGGGGUUCCACCGGGAGUCGGCAAACUAUCCAGCCUCACUGAGUUCAUGGCUGCUAAUAACAACCUGGAACUCAUCCCUGAGGGACUCUGCAGGUGUGGCAAGCUGAAGAAACUGGUGCUGAACAAAAACCGCCUGGUGACGCUGCCUGAGGCUAUCCACUUCUUAACAGACUUAGAGAUACUAGAUGUGCGCGAGAACCCCAACCUGGUGAUGCCUCCUAAACCAGUGGACAGAGCAGCAGAGUGGUACAACAUCGACUUCUCCCUACAGAACCAACUCCGACUGGCCGGAGCCUCACCUGCGACUGUAGCAGCUGCAGGAGGAGGAGCCAGCCCCCGAGAUCACCUGGCGAGGAAGAUGAGGCUGAGGAGGAGGAAGGACUGUUCUCAGGAUGAUCAGGCAAAACAGGUGCUGAAAGGCAUGAGCGAUGUCGCACAGGAGAAGAAGAACAUGGAGGAGAACGGCGACUUGAAAUACGGUGAUUUGAAAAUCCGGCGCUGGGACAAGAGUCUAGAGAAGCCUCAACUGGACUAUUCUGAGUUCUUUAUGGAUGACGCGGGGCAGGUUCCAGGUGUAGCCGUCUGGCAGAUAGAGAACUUUGUCCCCAUACAAGUGGACGAAACUUUCCAUGGCAAGUUCUAUGAGGCUGACUGCUACAUCAUUCUCAAGACCUACCUGGAUGACAAUCAUGCCCUAAACUGGCAGAUCUACUACUGGAUUGGUCAGGAUGCCACACUAGACAAGAAGGCUGGCUCUGCCAUCCAUGCUGUCAACCUCAGAAAUUUCCUCGGGGCAGAGUGUAGAACGAUUCGGGAAGAGAUGGGAGACGAGAGCGAGGAGUUCAGCGCUGUGUUUAACAAUGAGAUCUCCUACAUUGAGGGAGGAACAGCCAGUGGCUUUUACACUGUGGAGGACACACACUAUCCUGUCAGGUUGUACAGAGUCUACGGCAAGAAAAACAUCAGGCUGGAGUCUGUACCUCUGAAGUCCUCCUCUCUCGACCCUCGCUAUGUGUUCCUGUUGGACACAGGGCUGGAAAUCUUCAUCUGGAGAGGAGCCAAUGCUACUCUCAGCGGCACUACGAAGGCCAGGUUAUUUGCUGAAAAGAUAAAUAAGAAUGAACGUAAGGGGAAGGCAGAGAUUACAACUCUGAUGCAGAACCAGGAGCCUCCAGGGUUCUGGGAGGUGCUGGGAGGACAACCAGAGGAGAUCAAGAAACACGUACCAGAUGACUUCUCUCCUAUCAGGCCUAAACUAUACAAAGUGGGUUUGGGUCUUGGCUACCUGGAGCUGCCUCAGAUCAACUACAAGCUGUCAGUGGAGCACAAAGAUCACAAGAUCAAACUGGACACGCUGCCAGAGCUCAGACUGCUUCAGUCUCUGCUGGACACAAAGGGCGUGUACAUCCUGGACUGUUGGUCCGAUGUGUUCAUCUGGAUCGGGAGGAAAUCUCCCCGCCUCGUCAGAGCUGCAGCCUUAAAACUAGGUCAGGAGAUCUGCUCCAUGCUGCACCGACCCAAACACGCCUGCGUCACCCGCAACCUGGAGGGCACCGAGUGCCAGGUGUUCAAGUCCAAGUUCAAGAACUGGGAUGAUGUCUUAAAGGUGGACUACACCAGAGCAGCUGAGACUGUACAGCAAAAAGAUAACCUGCAGGGCAAGGUGAAGAAGGAUGCAGAGCAGAAAGACCAGAUGAAAGCUGACCUCACAGCUCUGUUUCUCCCCAGGCAGCCAGCCAUGCCUCUCACCGAGGCUGAACAGCUGAUGGAGGAGUGGAACGAGGACCUGGAUGGCAUGGAAGGAUUUGUGUUGGAGGGAAAGAAGUUUGCUCGCCUGCCCGAGGAGGAGUUUGGACACUUCUUCACCCAGGACUGCUACGUCUUCCUCUGCAGAUACUGGGUGCCUGUGGAGUAUGAGGACGACGAGAAGGAUAAGGAAAAGAAAGAAGGUGAAGGUGGGGAGGGUGGCGGAGAAAGAAGAGGAGGAGAUGAGGAGGAGGAGGACAAACAGCCAGAGGAGGACUUCCAGUGUGUCGUUUACUUCUGGCAGGGCAGGCAGGCCUCCAACAUGGGCUGGCUCACUUUCACCUUCUCCCUGCAGAAGAAGUUCGAGAGUCUCUUCCCUGGAAAACUGAAAGUGGUGCGUAUGACCCAGCAGCAGGAGAACCUCAAGUUCCUGUCGCAUUUCAAGAGAAAAUUCAUCAUCCACAAAGGAAAGAGGAAACAGAAGACCGACUCUGCCCAGCCCUCCCUCUACCACAUACGCACCAAUGGCAGUGCACUUUGCACCAGAACCAUCCAGAUUGGCACAGAUUCCAGCAAUCUCAAUUCAGAGUUCUGCUUCAUACUCAAGGUACCGUUUGAGAGCACAGACAAUCAGGGCAUCGUUUACACCUGGGUGGGCCGAGCCGCUGACCCCGACGAGGCCAAACUGGCCGAGGACAUCAUGAACUGCAUGUUUGAUGACACGUACAGCAAGCAGGUCAUUAAUGAGGGAGAGGAGCCAGAGAACUUCUUCUGGGUCGGGAUCGGUUCUCAGAAACAGUACGACGAAGACGCAGAGUAUAUGAAACACGCUCGGCUCUUCAGGUGUUCAAAUGAGAAGGGUUAUUUCUCUGUGUCAGAGAAGUGCUCAGACUUCUGUCAGGAUGACUUAGCAGAUGAUGACAUCAUGUUGCUGGACAACGGCAAAGAGGUCUACAUGUGGGUGGGGACUCAAACCAGCCAGGUGGAGAUCAAACUGAGUCUCAAAGCCUGCCAGGUUUACAUCCAGCACAUGCGCUCUAAGGAGACCGAGCAGCCGAGGAAGCUGCGACUGGUCAGGAAGGGAAACGAGCCUCACUGCUUCACGCGCUGCUUCCACGCCUGGGGAGCUUUCAAGACUCCCCCCGCGUAGGCCAAACCGGAUCACACGCAUCACAUUGAUUUGCUGCCAUGUAAUUUUCUACUAGUAAGAUGACGAUGUCUAUGCCAGUCCCAGCUUUACCUGAGACUUACCUCCAUCCUGCUCAGCAGCAUUUUGGCCAGCAGGUUUCUGUCAGCAACUGCCUACAAAAAAAAAAAAACAGCCUGGAAAGGUUUAAGUUUAGCACAACAAGCCCGAUCAGUGAGAGUUCUUCUGGUCAAGGAGCUGCUGGCUGGUGAGGUGGUUAAAAUAUUCCUUUUUUUCUAGAAGCUUUUUAGCAGCAAGUCUGGAUUUUGCUGUUUGAGUGAAAGAAGAGAAUUAUGUUUUCUGAUAAAAUAGGUGUACAGAGGCUUAUAUAAAAAAUAAAACAAACCCAUGGGAAGUGUUUCCCCUCACAUAUCGAUCUGCUUCGCUGCUUUCACGUGGCUUGUGCUGCAUGGUCGAUCGUUUUCAGCAGAGGAGGGUUAAGUGCUUGUUACUACAAGAGCCGCUCCUUCAUGCUUUAGUGCCGCCAGUCACGCAGCUUAUUGGAAGCAGAUUACAGCAGAGAGUAGUCGAUUUUACAGUCUGUAUUAUUCUUUUCAUCAUUGAGGGACUGAGCAGAAAACAGCACUAUAAUUGUUUCUCUGAAGAAUGUCGGUUUAUAUAUCUAUUUUUUUUCAUGGUAUGUGUGUGUGUUUGCCCCGAUGCGCCUUCACUGAGAUGGGGUCUUCCUCAUUCCCACAGUCUGUUUGGUUACUGUUCUCACAUCCUCUAAUGUUACCGCUGCAAAAUGAAACCGACAUGAAGAUACUUUGGAGAGGGAUUUCCGUAGCUGUGAUCAAUGGUUACAUUUAUUUGGCCAAAGAAGUCUUGUGGAGGUCAGGGUGUAAGUUAGAUAUGUGAGACAGAUUUGUUUUAUGUUUAAGAGGUUUAAAUGUGCAAUCAGUAGAGCCUGGGAUACUGAAACUAAAUACUGUAUUCUUCUACGCUACAGGCCGCAUUCAACUUGUCUAAAUGUUUAUUUUCUGGAGACAAUAGGAAAGUGCUUCUUUCCAAAAUUUUGCGUAACUAUAUUUGAAAAAGUAAAUGCAUGAUAUUUAAAAUACUACAGGUUUAAAGUUGAAGUUAGAUCUUAAAGUGCUGCUUUUCUUUUUCAAAUAUGUUUCUCUUUUUGGAACCAAGCUCUUCAAUGGGAGAUCUUCCACAUCCUAUGGGACAUAUCUUGAUAAACGUAGGGACAUCUGCUGCUGCUGUUAGAACGAUCAGUUCGACUAGUUCUACAUCUUAGUAACUCCUGCAGUGCUUCUUGCGAUCAUGUGACCUGUGUAACACGCAGGCACUGGUCCAAGCGAGAUGUCUGUAUAAUAUUCACAAAUGGCUGCAACUUUCAUCUCUGUUUCUUUCUACUAUAUUUUGUGGGGUGAACUGUAUGCUUGUUAGUGUGUUUGAGUCUUGCACACAUACAUAUGUGUGUAUCUGAAUAUGUGCACAUGCUCCUGAUGCCACCUGCAGAUGCUUUAUUUAUGUAUUUUAUAUAAAAAUAAAAUUUCACAUCACA